UCUCUAGUGCGCAUGCGCACAUGGUUGACGUGCGCUGAGCGCUGAAGAAAAGGAACAGCCGGCGCCAUGCGCUUCCAUCAAACUCACGGCUCGCGCUGAGACUUCACAAGUGUCAAACCAUAGAUGUCGCGGGAAUGUGAGAGAGUCACGUUGCCCUCGGUCAAAUGGAAUGAAAUCGGCAGCGGGGGGCCAGGUUACAGCGUUUCUUUCAAUUUCGCUUGUGGAUACAUGUAGUGAAGUUGCAGGCUGAUACUGUAAUACAGCGCUGAAACAUGGAAGGAAACUCAAGGGAAAGCGACCGUCUGGAGCGAGAGCGCCAGUACUGCGAGCUGUGCGGGAAAAUGGAGAACCUGAUGAAGUGCGGACGGUGUCGCAGCUCGUUCUACUGCAGCAAAGAGCACCAGAGACAGGACUGGAAGAAGCACAAGCGGGUGUGCAAGGAGGCCGACAAGCAGCAGCAGCAGCAGCAGCAGCCGGCUGAAGAGCGCAGCGCCGUACAGUGCAACACUUCAGAACAGUCGAACACUUCUCAGAGUAACUCUUCUGUUACGUCACCCGGCGAAAGAAUGCCAGAUUUUAUCAAGUCCGCUACGGGCCCUGACACCAAACCGACCGCUGACAGCUCGAAACCCAACGGACAGACGCGGUCGCCUCCUCAGAAACUGGCCACGGACUAUAUCGUGCCCUGCAUGAACAAGCACGGCAUCUGUGUGGUCGACAACUUCCUAGGUGACGAGAUCGGACGCAGUAUUCUGGAGGACGUGCGGGCGCUUUACUUGACCGGCGGCUUUACAGACGGACAGCUGGUCAGUCAGAGGAGCGACUCGUCUAAGGACAUUCGGGGGGAUAAGAUCACCUGGGUGGAGGGAAAGGAGCCGGGAUGCGAAAGGAUAGCGUUUCUCAUGAGUCGCAUGGACGAUCUGAUCCGACACUGUAACGGGAAACUGGGCAACUACAGGAUCAAUGGAAGAACAAAAGCAAUGGUGGCGUGUUACCCUGGUGACGGGACAGGAUAUGUACGGCAUGUGGAUAACCCUAACGGAGAUGGGAGAUGUGUCACAUGCAUAUAUUACCUGAAUAAAGACUGGGAUGCCAAGGAACACGGUGGCCUUUUGCGGAUCUUUCCAGAGGGAACGGCUCAGUUUGCAGACAUUGAGCCCAAGUUUGACAGACUUCUGCUGUUUUGGUCAGACAGACGGAACCCACAUGAGGUCCAGCCAGCUUAUGCCACGAGGUAUGCUAUAACGGUGUGGUAUUUUGACGCUGAUGAGCGAGCUCGAGCUAAGGAGAAAUAUCUAACAGGUGCAGGUGAAAGGGGUGUAAAAGUGGAGCUAAACAAGCCGUCAGAGCCCAGCUAGUGAACGAGGGAUGAGUGAAGAGGAGUGUACAGGGUUGGACCUCCAGAGCGCUGCUGAGAGAUGAUGAGCAGAGGGCAGAUGAAAGUCAGGAAGCAACUUUCUCUCUCAUUCAUCUCUCCAUCUAUCAUCUAUAAGGGGCUUCUCAUAGGGACUCAGAAUGUGAUAGAGCUGUGAAGACAGGUGUGAAUUAACAUGCUUUGUGUUUCCUUUAUGAAGAACGCUGGCUUACAUGAGCAUAGGAUGGACGUAAUGCUAAACUUAAGGGGGUGUGUGUGUGUGGACAGCUUCCUUCCCCGGUCCCACUUGUCAGCUUUUGUUAUUGCACGUGUUAAUAAAGGUACAGUUUUGUUUGGCAACGCAUACUCAAAAAGCAAAAGCACAGAAAAGCCCUUUUUAAGGUUACAAGCUCUGUGUGAUGUCCUAUAUGUGUUAUUCUGCUCAUAAGCCACUGUAAUUAUUAUUGGAUUUGUGUUUUUGUAUGGCUUGUAAUUCCGCUUUCCAAGCUCUCCUAAUUGGAGCCACAAGGAACAUGCUUUAUCAUGGCUUGCACCUGUUGCUAAGUAACCGGGUGCAUUGCUGGAUUGUCUUUGCCAGUAAUCAGCGAUAUGUCUGUUGUUGCAGACGUUAUGUCUCUCCUGUCCUAAGCCAAACUUGACACCUCAUGUCUGUCUAACAGCUCUGAGUUUUAAAUAAAAAAAGCAGUUUUCCUAAAUACA